CUCAAGGGGUGGGGACACAGGCGGGAUAGACAACCACACAGCGGACACCACACCAAGCAAUAUUCCCCAGCACUCAAACUGUCAAUCAGGAUUAAUGGUCCCGUAAGACUUCCAUCUGAUACAACUCUCUCCACUACUGAGAGGGCUGCAGAGCGGACUUUCGAGUGGUGACAAAGGCUGUGGCGAUAACGUCUCGUACGACAGCCUAGCACGGGGGCACUUGUGCCAGCAGAACCUAGCUGAUUUCUGGAGAAGGGGGAUUUUGCCUUCUGCGUUGAGAAUCUGUUCUGACACGAAUGUGUCUCGGGUGCCGACAUUUAUUCACAGCUCUCAAUAAAGAGCGCGACUUAGGUUAGCCUAUGUGAGGUGUCUGCGGAUUGAAUGAAUCCCGCACGCCCCAACUCGGAGUGAGAAUUUUUAUUUCGCCACUGACUAGGCUUGAUGACUGUUGCUACAACUCGGUGCGCGCUGCUUGUAACGCAUGGUAAUGAUGUUCUAAUGCGUAGGCAGUACUGCCUACUUUAUGCGUAUCAAUCAUUAAAACAGCACAAUAACAUUACAAAGCGUGUGCUGUCGCAAAGGGAAGGCAACAUCUCAACCUUUCAACAACGGUCAGCUGUCGAUCACAUUCAAGACGCUGAAAUUUGGUGCGCAGAGAAGCAAGAAUAUCUGACUUGAAAUGGAUCUGAAGACUUUCGGCAGCGUUCUGCUGUUCCCCUUCCAGAUCCUCUACUACAUAGUCAAGGCAAGCGUGUGCUGGCUGCUACCGACGAGGAGGAGAAGUCUAGCCGGGGAGACUGUACUGAUCACAGGCGGUGGAAGGGGUAUCGGACGGCACCUGGCCCGAGAGUUCGCCAAACAGGGCGCAAAGAAGCUGAUCCUGUGGGGUCGCACGGAGAAGUGCCUGAAGGAGGCCGCGGAGGAGAUCUGUCAGUCGGGCACCGAGUGCCACUACUUCAUCUGCGAUGUGGCCAACCGCGAGGAGGUCUACAGACAGGCCAAGGUGGUCCGGGAGAAGGUGGGCGACGUGACAGUGCUGGUGAAUAACGCGGCGGUGGUGCACGGCAAGAGCCUCAUAGACAGCGAUGACGACGCGCUGCUGAAGUCGCAGCACAUCAACACAAUGGGCCAAUUCUGGACGACCAAGGCCUUCCUGCCCCGCAUGUUGGAGCUGCGUAACGGCCACGUGGUGUGCAUCAACUCCAUCCUGUCCCAGUCGCCCAUCCCCGGCACUAUCGACUACUGCACCUCCAAGGCCUCCUCGCUGGCCUUCAUGGAGAGCCUGACGCUGGGCCUGCUGGACUGCCCCGGGGUGGGCUGCACCACCGUGCUGCCAUUCCACACCAACACCGACAUGUUUCAGGGCAUGAAAGUCAGGUUCCCACAGCUCUUCCCUCCGCUGAGGCAGGAGGUGGUGGCCCAGCGCACCGUGGACGCCGUCCGCACCAACACCGCCUUCGUCUACCUGCCCUGGAGCAUGCACGCGCUCGUCGUCUUGAAAAGCAUGUUACCGCAGAGUGCUAUGGAGGAGAUCCACAGGUUCUCCGGUAGUUACACCUGCAUGAACACAUUCAAAGGAAGGACAUAAGACUGUCUGACGUCCAACGCAGCCCGAAUAAACGCCCCACCGCAUGGGACUCCAAACACAAAGACAUUGUGGAGAAGAACUGGACGCGGGGGAAGGAGACGAGAGAGGGUGGAGGGGGAGUUGUAGCCGUGAGUGAAUAAAUCUCCCUCAGACAUUUGGCAUGGGUGCAAGCCCUCGGCUCCAUCACUCCUUCCUGUGAUCGAGGCCGCCUUAGGAGCUGGAUUUCCCCUCCGCAAUUUCCUUCCCUUCACCCUACCCCACCCCAACUCCACCCCACCAGCUCCAACCCCACUUGGAGGACGCGGGUGUUGGGCAAUCCUUCCAAGCAUAUGAGUGCACCUGUUUCUUCGCUCAGCGGAGGCUCCGCCUGGUCUUGCAUGAUAAACUGGAAGUCUUUUCGCUUGGCAAGCGAUAGAGCCAAGACCGGGGUGCUGAGAGAGAGAGAGAGAGAGAGAGAGAGAGAGAGAGAGAGAGAGAGAGAGAGAGAGAGAGAGAGAGAGAUCUCUAUAGCCUGCAUUUCUCAAGUAUUUCUGGACAGUUCAUUUGUUUGUUUGUAUGAUCAUUUUAAUGUUUUUCUUAAUAAUUAAAUAAUAUCUGUAAAUUCAGAUGUUGAAUAAAAUA